AUGACAUCUGUUGAGGAAUGUCAGCUUUUAUCGAUUGAAUUGGAUAAGUCCAAGUCUCACGGUUGCUUAAGGCUGGCAACCGAAUCCGAUGAUUCUAUUCCCCUGGACGAGUAUUUAGUCAAAAGGCCGAGGUGGAUUCCUUCUUUUAUGUUGGCUGAAGGCUCCACGUUCGAUUGUAAAAACAAUUCUCUUCCCUUCUGCUCGUCCAUGAACGUGGAGACGUCCAACAGAUACAGUGCACAGUACAUAGCCCUUCACAACUUUUCUAAAUCAUCAAACUCCGGUUCAAUAUAUCACUCCAUAUCCACGUCGGCUGUGCUUGUAAUAGGCGCCGGUGGUCUCGGAUCUCCGCUGCUAAUGUACCUGGCGUCUUCAGGGAUAGGUAUAAUUGGAAUCAUUGACGGAGAUGUGGUAGAGGUGUCGAAUUUGCACAGGUAUGACUUUGGUGCAAGUUCACAAAAUUUUAGGCAAAUAAUACACGAUGAAGCCAACGUCGGAAUGAACAAGGCCAGGUCCGCGAGAGAUAGGCUGCUGAAGAUGAAUCCUAACGUAAGGUGUGGCAAGUAUAUUUCGUACGAGUUCUUCUUUGGAGUGAAGGAGGCGCACGAGAUUCUACCUCUUUAUGACGUGAUAGUCGAUGCGUCGGACAAUCCGCAGACCAAGUAUUUAAUAAACGACGCGUGCAUACUGUACAAUAAGCCGUACGUCGUGGCCAGCUGUAUACGGUCGCAGGGGCAGCUGAUGGUGUUCAAUAGGCUGCUGAAGGACUUCCACGACGAAAAAAUACCAUGUUUCCGCUGCAUAUGCCCCGAAGACGGGAACCCGUCAAUAUCAUUCGUAAAAAACGCCUGCAGUGCGGCCGGAGUCCUGGGAUCUAUACCCGGGAUUCUGGGAACGAUUCAGGCAACGGAAGUGCUGAAAAUAUGCGCUGGCACGUUUGAUACGACGCUAUCGCCAGGUCGCCUGUUGAUCUAUGACGCAGUUAACUCGAGGAAUCCGUUCAGGACCCUGGAACUAUCGAGAAACAGGGGUUGCAAGGUUUGCGGAGAUAACGCGAAGCCCAUAAGUCUGAAUAUGCACGAGUGUGUGGACAGGGAGUUGAAUUUGGAACGGGACGACUUGGCGAUAAGCCCGGAAGAAUUCUGGCACAUUUACAUGGACUCAGUCCAAAAAGGAUUACCAGUAUCAAACAAGUUGAUUGUCGAGAAGGACAGAAUCAGGCUGGACGAAAAAGGAGUAGAGUUCCUGGUAUACUUGGUCGACGUUAGGGCCUCAGCACACUACCACAUCUGCCACCUGCCGGGCUCAAUAAACUGGCCAGUGGACUACGUUUUGAACUCAGGACUCAGCCAGGACACAUUUGAAGAAAAAAUGGACGCAAUAACAAAAUCAGGUGGACAAGCAAGCCACAACUGUAGGGUAAUGAUACUCACAAUUUGCAGAAAGGGGAUCAGUUCGCGAGUCGCCGCGGAUUCCAUCAGGAAUUCGCUGUCGCGUAGUCAGAGGCACCAUGACACACUUUGCUACUCUGUCGCCGGCGGGAUGCACUACUUGCGAACCCAUCUUAACAUGAAAAUACCCAUGACAUAA